AACGCAGUGUCGAAAAAACUGUCGGACAGUUUUUACCUUCGCAACGAUAUGUGGAAGCAACUGUUGUUUUUAGUGAUUCUCACGGUUACGCCCAUCAAACGCAUAGAUGGAAAUAACCACACCAUUAUUCCUGAUGUGAGUAGUGACACCACCACUGUUUCUGCUGUGAAUAGUGAUGAUACCACUAUUUUUACUGUGAAUAGUACACCUGAACAACCGUCGAGGAAUUUGACUGGCCGGAUAGUCAAUGGAACAGCGGCAUAUUUAGGUCAAUUUUCUCAACAGGUUUCGCUGAGAAGAAGAUAUUCUCAAGCGCACUUCUGUGGUGGUAAUAUAAUCACGCCAGAAUGGAUCCUUACUGCUGGGCAUUGCAUGUUUGCGAUAAAAACCGGAGAAUUGCUCGAACCGUACACAAUAAUAGUCGUAGCCGGAGAAGUUGCUUUGAAGCAUACAAGUUUCGCUCGGCAAUGGAGUUACGUUUCCAAGUUGAUCGUUCAUCCAGAGUACGAUAAGGAAACAUUGCGCAAUGACGUUGCGCUCCUAAAGCUGCUAAAGCCAUUCGCAGUCGACGAAUACGCCGCACCAGCUCCACUCGCUCGAAUUCCCAUGAAACCCGGAACGCUUUGUCAGGUGUCUGGCUGGGGCUAUCAAAAAUUCGAGGAGCCGAUCGUAAGUGGCAAAUUAUUGUUCAUCGACGUUCCAUUGGUGGAGACGUCUUUGUGUCAAAAACUGCUGGAAAACAUUACGGAAAUCAAUGAAGGCCAAAUAUGCGCUGGAUACAUGGAAGGACAGCGCGACGCUUGCGGGGGAGAUUCGGGCGGCGGACUGAUCUGCGAAGGAUUUCUCACGGGCAUAGUAUCCAACGGCUACAACUGCGCUUUGCCCUUGAUCCCCGGAUGGUACUCGGACGUUAGAUUUUACGCGCCGUGGAUCAGCAAGCACGUGGAUCUGACGAGCAAUUUGGACUAUCGCGUUGGUAUGGUUCGCGAUAAUUCUGCCGCUGUGGAAACCUUAUCGCUCUCAACGUUUUUACUCUCGACGAUCGCUGUUAUCUAUACACAGUUUGUAUUCAGUCGAGAAAAUAAAUAGUAUCUGACUUUGAAUAAAUAAUUCGACCGCAG